AUGUACCACAAGAAAGCCACGGAAAUCAAGGCUAAGAGAAUUAUGCCGCGAAUGAUGGGGGCCGUACCUCAGCAGCCCGUCAAGAAGAAGGUAAACGGGUUUAUGGGAUACCGUGCAUACUACUCGUCUCUCUUUUCCCAGCUCACGCAGAAAGAGAAGUCGCCUAUUAUGACGGCCCUUUGGAAGCGCGAUCCGUUCCACAAGGAGUGGGAUUUCAUGUGCUUAGUCUAUUCGGCGAUCCGCGAGUUUCUGUCGAACGAGAAUGUCUCGCUGCAGACCUGGAUUGAAUCCGCUAUCGGGCACAUGGGGAUUGUCGUCCGCGACAACUAUAUGCGGACCUUCGGCUGGUCGGUGGUGCGGCUCCAGGACGGUACGCACAAAGUCGUGCGAAAUCAUCCUCGGACUGUCCAGAGCUUCCUUCAGCCGAUGAACGGCCUCGGUAUUUUCAUGAAGUGUCUGAAUAAUGGUCUUCCGAUUGCUGACCCGGUCCCGAUCAUUUCCAAACUUUCUGGUCUGACCAACGACGUCAUUUGCAUCAACACCCACCCGGGAGCUGCGCCGCAAUUCACCAACACCAUGGAAGAAUUCCGCCAGUUUGCCAGAACUCAUCCGCAGCUCGCAAUGUCGGCGCUCUGGCAGGUCCCUGUAACCCAUCCUCUCAUCACUCAGGGUGUCAGUGUGCACAAUGUUGAGGACCUGCCUGCCCCCGGGGCGGAACUUGACGAUGCGGAGCUCGAUGCGAUGAUUGAUGAGAUCUUCAUGGACACAUACGGGCCCAACCAUCCAUACUUCACAUCCCGUCAGGCGAACAGUGCCUAA